UAACACAGUGAGUAACAAUGUCAACCGCAUCAAUGGAAAAGAUUUUAGAAUAUUUGGAUCCAAAAGCUUUCAACAAAGUUCACUAUGUGGCAGUGGUUUUUUGGAUUCUGAUCAGUGUCAUCUUCCUCGCCAUAUUCGUCGACAUGGAAAACAACGAGUCCAGGUUUGAUUUUCGCUGUGGCGGAGCGAAGAGUGAAAACGUCGACAUCGUCCGUGGAAAAUGUUACGAGAAAUAUAUGAAUCAGUACAACAAAUACGGUUUUCCUAUCUUUGGCUUCGUAAUCCUCAAUCUAGUCCUUAUUGCAUUUGUAUGUGCUAUUUACUCUAAAAUAGGGAGCGCCAAAGUCGAUCAACUGUCGCGAGGCAUCCGUAACGAUGAUCAAGAGAGACAGCUGCUUGACCAGGAGACUGCGUCAUCAACUGGAAACAGGCUCUUUUUCGCUUACUGCUGUCAACUAUUGUUAAGAAUUGUUUUAGGAGUAAUUUUCAUCAUCCUACAAACUCAGUUGCUUUAUCCUUUAAAGUUUUACUCUAAGUUUAACUGUUAUUUAACCGAUGGAACCACUCAGCCAAGGAAUUUAUCCGACAACGCCCAAAACUCUACUUUACACGACUGUCACAAUCAACGAGCGGAAAAGAAAACCUUCUGGAUGUACGCUGUCCUUGUGAUGAAUGGAAUUCAUGUCGCUGGCAUACUGGUUGAAACCGUCUACCUUAUUUCGCGGGCAUGCAUUGAAAGGGGUUUCAUGCAAGACUCAAAGUUUCUAAAAACCCAUCUAAGACUCAACCAACACCAAAAACGAAAGUUUAAAAAAUUCAUCAAACGCACAAAGAAUAUAAUUUUUCAAGACACCCAAGAACUAUUAGCACUCCAAUCACCUUUUACAGGUAAUCCAGGCGAAAACACAAUAGUAAAACAUUGGACUUUGGAUCAAAUUUACACAAAUCUUGUUGUGAUUCCGAACAGAGCUACGUAUGUCUUUACUGAGAACAGAGAGGAACAACUCAAAAUUUAUCCAAUGUCGCGCGGGGAAAACUCACAACCGAAAAGCUUGGAAGACCUCCUAAAUGUUGAAAAUAAGAAAGUGUUAAUCGUCGGUCGAGCCGGAAUCGGCAAGACAUUAUGUUGUACCAAACUUCUCAGAGACUGGGCGUCACCUGAAGCCAAAAUCCCUUUUGAUGCCGCUUUCUUCGUGAAAUUCAGAAGAUUCAAAUCGGAGAACAACCUUAGCCUCAGGGAACUGUUGAUUAACUCCGAGCAUUUCCCAACAAAUCACCUAGAUGACGAGGUCUGGAAUCACUUGAUUGAGAACCCUGAAGGUGUACUCAUACUUUUUGACGGAUUCGACGAAUUUAAACUUAACGCAAACAUGGACCGAGAACCUCCUCAUCCCAAGUGCAUUGAAGAGAAAAAGCCGCUCCAAAUCCUUUACCAGUGGCUUGUGACCGGGAAACUCCUAAAAGAUGCCUCAAUUUUGACAACCACGAGACCUUCGGCUUUGUCGAGCAUCAAACACCUUAAGUUUGACAAAACGUUCGAAAUUCUAGGAUUUUCAUCGGAACAAGUUAAAGAAUAUGUCUACAAAUUGGCCGGAGAUGAAAAGAGCGAAAAACUAUUGCGACACAUCAGCAGCAACAUGAAUUUGCUCACGCUAUGUUAUGUGCCGGUCAACAGCUUCAUCAUUUGCACAAGUCUGUUACAAAUAAUGGAGUCCGAAAGUUCCGAUGACGUUACCCUUCCUGCCAAAUUAACAUCGAUAUACAAGAUUGCAGUGCAGGUGUUUUAUUUUAAACAUACAAGAGAAUUGUGCCAUAAUCCGUUUCCAGUCGGACAUAAUUUGCCCACCCAAGUGCUGGAGAUAUUCAAAAAACUAGGAAGAGUAGCGUUUGAAGGAAUCAAAAACGGAGAGCUGAUCCUUGGAGGAAGCGAAGUAAGCGGAAUGGAAGAUAGCGCUCUUUUCCACCGCUUACCCGACCGUAAAACGGACCCACUUAAUCGUGAACCACAAUUCUGUUUCAUUCAUUUGACAAUGCAAGAGUUUUUCGCUGCGAGGCACCUAGCAAACAACAUGAGUGACACAGAAUUAAAAAGCUUUGUUUCCGAGAACAUCAAGAACGGCAAAUGGCAGCUGGUUUUUCAGUUUCUAGCAGGAUUAAUGGAGGAUAAAAUUCAUCUAUCAAACGAAAUUAUUACUAACCUUCUUCCUGUGAAAACUGAAGAAAAAAGCUACACCGAACAGUGGACAGAUAAAGAAGAAAAAAGGACAGUGACCUGCUGGCCAACUAGCGGCGAAAAAGAUUUAGCAAUGACAUUAAUAAAAUGUUUAAACGAAAAUAGUAGAAUGAAGUUAGAAGCACAGGAAAAAAUUCAACAAUUGAACUUUAAUUUUGUAAAUUUUAAUCGUUGUCACCUCACAGCUGUUGAUUGCUCUUCGUUAGUAAAUGUAAUUAAUGUUCCACAAAUUUCACAUUUAAAUUUGAGUUACAAUAACAUUGAUUCCUUAGGUUGCUUUGAAAUUUGUAAAUUGUUAAAAUAUAGGGAAUCUCAACUGAGCUGGUUAAACCUCACAAGAAAUCAAUUGACAGAAAAAGCAGCAAAGUAUUUAGCUGAAGCCAUCAACAACAACAACUGUCAGCUACGCACGUUAAACCUCACAGAAAAUAACAUCUCAGACAUUGGAGCACAGCACUUGGCUGACGCCAUCAACAACAACAACUGUCAGCUACGCACGUUAGACCUCACAAGAAAUAACAUCUCAGACAUUGGAGCACAGCACUUGGCUGAAGCCAUCAACAACAACAACUGUCAGCUACACACGUUAAACCUCACAGACAAUAACAUCUCAGACAUUGGAGCACAGCACUUGGCUGAAGCCAUCAACAACAACAACUGUCAGCUACGCACGUUAGACCUCUCAUUAAAUAACAUCUCACACAUUGGAGCACAGCACUUGGCUGAAGCCAUCAACAACAACAACUGUCAGCUACGCACGUUAAACCUCACAGAAAAUAACAUCUCACACAUUGGAGCACAGCACUUGGCUGAAGCCAUCAACAACAACAACUGUCAGCUACGCACGUUAAACCUCUCACACAAUAAAAUCACAGAAAAAGUUAAGCAACAUGCACUCAAUUUACUUCGCAAUAACCAGUCGAAGUGUAAGCUAUUUUUUUAGGGUUCACCAAUUCCAAUUUAAAACUAAAACUAAAUUAUUUGAACCACUUACUAUUCAAAAUAUCCGUGAGGUAACCAGCUCAGUGACAACUAAACCCAAUGACUCAAAACAAAAACGUGAAUGAGAGAAAACUAACUCUGCACAAAGCAGCGAGAUUAUUUGAACCGGAUCGAAAUGAAGAAAAAUGAACCAAUGAAGAUGUUUAUUGAGAACAAAGGAUGUCAAACUAUUUUUCUUGUAUAAACGAACCAAUAACAUUGAAGUAAAAACACAAAGCUUACUGCAGAGAGAACAAUCAAACCUCGGACCUCUUAGGAAACUUCGUCAAUUUAUGAUUGGUGAGUUUUGAUCCUAAAUUCUCUCCAUGCUUAUGUAUGUUUUGAUUGCAUGAAGUGUAACUGGAGAUUUUAAGCGGAGCAGAUGAGUGUAUCUACUACAGAUUGCUUGAUGGAUUACAGUUUUUUUUUUCAUUGGUCGUGUUUUCAAUAGUUUUUUUUUUGGUUGAAGCGAACCGGUUCAAGUAGUUUCACACUUCUGGCAAAAUAUCGAAAAAAGAAUUAUAACGAAAUUUUAAUCAAAUCGUCGCGCUUUCAAAGACAGAAGGCCUUUUUGUAGGUUAUUUCUGUAAGAUUAUAUCACAUUCAAACAAUUUGGUUUAGAGAGGUUUCUGCACUUCUUUUGAAUAUCAAUAUAAUUUUUGUACAUACCUAUGGGCUGUUAUUCGUUUGAUAUCAUAAAUUAUUGUAGAAUUGAUGUUCAAAAUCUGAAGAUGAGCCAUCAGACUUGAACAUUUAAUAUUUUAAUUUACCAGUUAUUGUUAAUAGAGCGAAACCUCUCAAAUUUAUCAUUGUAGAAUAAACUUU